CAAUUAGUGUUGGGACGAUGAUCGGUAAAGAUCGAUUAGCGAUCGUUUAUAGCAUCUCGAUGCCGAUGAUCGAUGGCAAACAUCAACAAUCGAUCAUCGGCAAAUAUAAAAAGGUACCGAAACGAAUGAACCUCAGUAUAUGUAAUCGAACGCGCCCGUACCAAGAUGGCGGCCGCUGAAGAAAAUCUAAGGGAAAUAUACCCAAACCCAGGCUCCAAAACGAAAUCAGAUGUUUGGAAAUUCUUCGGAUUUUAUAAAAUUAAUGAUAAUGAACCACCAUCAAAAAAGAAUUUGGAUACAACGCAAGCUGUUUGCCGUCUAUGCCGCAAGAUUUACAGAAAUACAGGAAAUACUACGAAUUUCAGAGCCCAUAUUGACGGGGAACACAAAUUACCGUCGGGAAAUUCCACACAAUCACGAUCAGACAAAGUUGAAACAAAAUUAGUUCAACCAACAAUAUCGGCUGCAUUUGUCAAAAGAUGUGAUGUUGUAUCAGGAUUUUACAGAACAUUAUCUACUAUCCACUAGUACACUUGUAUCUAGCUACCCCAGUAGCCAAAUUGCAAAGACAAAAACAAAAACAAUCAUUUCCAGGGAGAUUUGAGUGCAUGUAUUGUAUUUGCAUUUGUGAGUUUUUCACCCUUGUUCAUGUUCAAUAAAUGUUAACUAUUAUUUUCUAGUGAAAAAAAUGGUUUGUCAAAAAUGUCAAAAACUGUCAAUUGUCUAGUCAAGAAUGUUUAGUUAUUGGUCUGUUAUACUAAAUUGUUAUUGUUUAUCAGUUUAAUAGCUCAAUUGAGCUGUUUUCAUUGUUAAUAAAAAUAUUGUUUUUCUUGAU